AUGCCAAGUCCAUUGGGAAUGCCCCGGCUCGAGACGGCAGCCGCAGCCAUCGCCAUCGCCAUCGCCUCCGCCAAGCUCAGCGGCUCAACAUCACUGCCAACGGCUUUGAUAGCUUGCUUGCCAUAUGCAUUGGCUAUACAUGAUGUGUACGCUAAUGUAAAUGUUAACGUAAAUGUUACCGUUGGCGUUAUAAGAACUCCAAAGGUCAAGGCAAACCAACAGCAAGUUGGAGUUCAAGGCAAUAUAAGAAAAGAAUCGCAACCGGCACAAUAUCAGGAUCCAAUCAACAAAAAGAGAUUGAUGGAUGUAGAACAGCCGCAACAAUAUCAGGAUCCAAUCAACAAAAAUAGACUGCUGGAUGUAGUACAGCCGCCGCAAUAUCAGGAUCCAAUCAACAAAAAUAGACUGCUGGAUGUAGUACAGCCGGCGCAAUAUCAGGAUCCAAUCAACAAAAAUAGACUGCUGGAUGUAGUACAGCCGGCGCAAUAUCAGGAUCCAAUCAACAAAAAUAGACUGAUGGAUAUAGAACAGCCGGCGCAAUAUCAGGAUCCAAUCAACAAAAAUAGACUGAUGAAUGUAGUACAGCCGGCGCAAUAUCAGGAUCCAAUCAACAAAAAUAGACUGAUGGAUAUAGAACAGCCGGCACAAUAUCAGGAUCCAAUCAACAAAAAUAGACUGAUGGAUGUAGAACAGCCGGCGCAAUAUCAGGAUCCAAUCAACAAAAAUAGAUUGAUGGAUCAAGAGCCCCGAAGUUUUUCUCGCUGCCCUUGAUAGUCAAAUUGACAGCACUGACAG